CAUAACAGGAAGUUAAAACUGUAGUUCUUGGAACCAAACAAUUCAGUAGAGUACAUAGCCUAAAAAAUGUGGUGAGAACUACAUUAACUAUCUACAUAACACAGGUGUGGAUUCGUUUCCCUGUUUCGGUGGUCUGGGGGAUCUGCAAAGCAGAAGUCACUCGAAAGGGAUUAGCUAGCCUGCUAGCAGAUUAUAUUCCUUCAGAUGUUUGGAUUUGCGCCACUUUGGCUACUUUGAACAGCGCCGACACGUCGAGCGAGGAAUUGAGCGGAAACCCCAGCUGUUGCCAUGGCAAUCCUGUUUGCAGUGGUGGCUCGUGGAACCACCAUCCUGGCAAAGCACGCCUGGUGUGGUGGCAACUUCCUGGAGGUGACUGAACAGAUAUUGGCCAAAAUCCCAUCAGAGAAUAACAAAUUGACCUACAGCCACGGCAGCUAUCUCUUUCAUUACAUCUGCCAUGACAGAAUCAUAUACCUGUGUAUUACCGAUGACGACUUUGAGAGGUCGCGCGCAUUCAGCUUCCUCAGCGAAGUCAAGAAGCGCUUCCAGACAACGUACGGGUCGCGAGCGCAAACGGCCCUGCCUUACGCCAUGAACAGCGAGUUCUCCUCAACGCUCGCCGCUCAGAUGAAACACCACUCGGACCCACGAGGAUCAGAUCGUGUCACGGAGGCUCAGAUGCAGGUGGAUGACCUGAAAGGCAUUAUGGUCCGUAACAUAGACUUGGUCGCUCAGAGAGGAGAGAAGCUGGAAUUGCUGAUUGACAAGACCGAGAAUCUGGUUGAUUCUUCGGUCACAUUCAAAACCACGAGUCGUAACCUGGCACGAGCCAUGUGUAUGAAGAACCUCAAGCUGACUAUUGUCAUUGUGCUGGUGUGCCUGGUGAUCCUUUAUAUUAUAGUUUCUGCUGCCUGUGGAGGCCUCAACUGGCCCUCAUGUGUCAAAUGAGAGGAGGGAGGAGGGAGGGGGGGGAAGGAAGAGGUGCACCUGUUCGACUCUGCCAGCAAGUGGACACAAAAGGAAACUUUCCUUUCCUCUACCUUCAAGAUCGCUGGCAUACAAAUGCUGCUCCUCCUCUUGCCUCCUUCUUUGCCGUUUCUUUGAUUGCCUUCUGGACAGGGAGUCCCACCUCAUUCCCAGACUAAUGGAUAGCAGCCAAGUCGCCUAAAACUGAUGUAAAACAAGACCCUUGUCUUACACUUGUCUGGUACAUUCAUUCUGUAUGCACUUAGUGGCCUGAUGUAUCGGUUUAAGAUACUGCCUGCACCCAUUGACGUAUUUCACCCAUUCAGAUUGAUACUCUAAUGACCCGCACAGAGGUAGCUUGAUUGUUAUCCUGCUUUUCCUGUGACAGUCACAAAUGAGACCUAUUGGGUAUACGUAGCAUGUUGCAGAUCCAUCAAGAAGGACCUCCACAAUAGAGUGUCCGGUCCUCUGUUGUUUUGCUGAAAACUAACUUUUACAUCUUAAGGGGCGAGUGUCCGAGGAACAAUAUUGUUGGUGUCUCAUGAAUUUGCUUGAAAUCAGAUUUUUGGGAUUUCCUUCACAUUUUACCACCAAGCACAGUUGUGUAUUCUAAAAUGUAUGUUGUAAAAUACCAGAUAUGAUCAUACAAAUAAAUAUAGUACAUUUAAUUCAUAAUACUGACUCAAAGAUGUAACAAUUAUUGUAAAUCAAGCAUGACAUUUGAGCAAAUCCUGAUCCCUUACCUCCUUUCACAGGAAGUCCCCUUUCACCUUUUGACUUCUGCUAGGAUGUCUGCCCCAUAUGUUCUUUCUGUUAACACAAUGCACUUUUUACGCUUGUAUAUAUAUUUGCUUCUUAGCAUUAUGUGGUUAAUAAUCAUGUAAUUAUUUAGUAAAUGUAUAGCCAGAUUGGAAAUAAUAAAAUGUCAUCCAGUUGGUGAUCUCUUCAGAUGGAAAACCAA